ACCAAGAGGGGCAGGGAGGCAAAGCGGCGGCUCCUCCUCGUCGUCAACCCGCUUCAAAAAGACACUUCACCCUGCUAAAAUCGCCACCUUACCUCUGGAGCCUUACGGUGACAGUCAGGAGAGGAAAGGAAAAAGCCUCUCCGAAAAGUAGACCCGCGGAGACUAAUCGAACGCACCACGCUUGCUACUCGCUUCAGGGACACCCUUUCCACCCCAAAAAGGCUUAAAAGCGACAUUUUCAACAGUUUUUGUCUUUUUUUUUUCUUUUUCUGUCACCAUGACCCGGAGAUCGUGUGCCAUUUAUGCCACCGGCAUUGUAUGCGCCCACCUCCUCAUUGUGGGGAUUGCCCUGGUGGUGGCUCAAGUCUUCCAGACCACCAUACACAACCGCUUGAAAAAGGAAAUAACUUUGACAGAGAAGAGUCAAAUGUUUGAAUCAUGGAAAAACCCUCCUCCGCCUGUCUACAUGGAGUACUACUUCUUCAACGUCACCAACCCAGAGGUCUUCUUAGCGGGCGGCAAGGCGGCCGUCCAGCAGAUUGGACCCUACACCUACAGGGAGUACCGGCCCAGGGAGAACGUCACCUUCUUGGAGAACGGUACCAAAGUGUACGCCCUCAACCCCAAAACCUUCGUGUUCAUGCGGGAGAAGUCGGUCGGUGACCCCGAAGUGGACAUCCUCAGGACCAUCAACAUUCCUUUAGUGGUGGUGAUGAACGAGCUCAACUCGUACGCCUACAUCCUGCGCAGCUUCAUCUCCAUAUACGUCAAAAGCCUGGGCGUCGAACUGUUCACUACACGCACUGUGCACGAGUACCUGUGGGGCUUCAAGGACCCCAUCCUCACCAAGAUCCACUCCAUGAAGCCGGAUGUGGACGACCACUUCGGGCUCAUGUGGAAGAAAAAUGGAACCCACGAAGGCGAGUUUGUGUUCAACACCGGCGAGCAGGACUACAUGGACUACGGCAAAAUCGAGACGUGGAACGGACUCAGGCAGAUGACGUUUUGGUCGUCCAACCAGAGCAACAUGAUUAACGGCACGGAUGGCGCUGUCUUCCACCCGCUCAUCAGCAGGAACGAGCUGCUCUACAUCUUCGCCGCUGAUCUCUGCAGGUCCAUCCAUCUGGCCUACGUGAAGGACGUGGAGGUGAAAGGUAUCCAGGCGUACCGCUUUGCACCCCCCAAUGACGUGCUCAUGAGCCCCGUGGACAACCCCGCCAAUGAGGGCUUCUGCGUGCCCGCCGGAGAGUGCCUGGGCACUGGCGUCCUCAAAGUCAGCGUUUGUCGACAAGGCGCCCCCAUCGUGGUAUCUUUCCCGCACUUCUACCAGGCCGACCCCAAAUACAUCAAUGCCAUCGAAGGCCUCAAUCCCAACGCGGAGGAGCACGAGACCUACCUCGACCUUCAACCGACCACAGGUGUUCCCAUUCGGGCCUGCAAGCGCGCUCAGCUCAACGUCAUUGUGAAAAGAGUGAAGGGCUUCCCUGACACUAGGUUCCUCAACGAGACCAUUUUCCCCAUCAUGUACGUCAAUGAGACUGCAACAGUGGAUGAUGACUCUGCCUCCCAGAUGAGGACACUGCUGCUCAUCGUCACCCUGGUGUCCAACUUCCCUUUGCUCAUCGUGGGCAUGGGCCUCAUCCUGCUGCUUGUCCUGGUGGUCCUGUUCUGCCGAAACCGCCAGAAGAAGAACGAAGUAAAACGCAUUGAUUUUACUGAGGCUUUUCAUUCUUUUGCUACGGCCAAAGACGAGACUGCGUACACACAGGUCAGCGACAAGACUGACGAGUCGCCCGAGGCUCCCGCCAGCCAGCCGAUAAGAAACGGCUCCUACAUCGCCAUGUCUCCAGUGGAGGCCCAGAACUGUUGAUCUCGGAUCACCACCCCCCUCUUCCCAUCUCUUGUACCCCAAGUCUGGAGCUCAGGAAGGGGCUUGAGGGAGCAGCGCACAGUGGGGGUGUCUUGUUACCAUGAGGCGGGUGAGGGCAAGUGGACGGGCUUACUAUUCCAUAGGGUGGGAACUCUACCUGAGCUCUCUUAAGGACUAUCUAACCCCCGUCCCGCCCAUGCCAAGCCUGAGUCAGUCACGAGAGGCUUCCUCUUCCUCUCCUGGUUGACUCUUAAGAUAAAGGACUUGAGUAGGAGUUGUUUUUCAUGCCCCUCACACCCAAAAUGGUCAUCAUUUCCACACAGAUGCACUGUCCCACCAUUGGGAACCGCCUUGUCAUAUUAACAAAAGUAUUAGGGGGGGGGGGGGGGGGAGAAAAAAAAAAAAAAAGACUGAGCCAAACAAUUUAGUUAUCUUGCCUUUUGUUUCACACACUAGCUGGUUGUGAAAGUGUGGGUUCGCACCACCUUUUCCCCCUCCCCCUUGUGACACUAAACAUUUCCUAGCUGCUCAGUUUAAUCCCUACUUGUAGCUCGUCAGUUUUUUGGUUUUUUUUUUUUUCAAUUGGGGGGAAAAAAACGCCUGAGGAACUUGCAAGGGAGACUGAACUCACUUUCUCUGCCUUACCGCCAUGACGGUUCACACGUAUACACUGUUACUCCAGCACAAUUUGGACCACGAACGAUCCUCGCCGAGGCUCCAGGUCUUCUUUCUCUCUUUCCUUCUUGUGUCAAAGACACUGUGUUAAUGUGCACAACAGAGCACUUGAAUCACUUGUCUUAUCAUUUCAAGAAAUCAUUUCAAGAAAACAAUCGCAACAAAAAACACCACUGCUACACUUUUUGCCUGAAAAAUGUGCCCUGUGUUUUUUUUUUUUUUCAUUGUUUUGGGUUUUUGUUACUUCUGCGCCAGAUGGUCUGCCUGUACACAACAUUUAUAUCCUCUCUUUUUUGUCUUCGUUUCUGCUAGGAAGUGGCCAUAAACCUGUGGAUGUUCCUAUGAGUCUUACACGUUGCCAUUCUAUCCUAACUUGUAUUGUUUGUCAGCUUAGAAAACAUCCAUGCAUCCAUUUUCUAUCGCUUAUCCGAGGUCGGGAUGCCCAGACUUCCCUCUCCCCAGCCACUUCCUCCAGCUCUUCCGAGGGGAUCCUGAGGCGUUCCCAGGCAAGCCGAGAGACAUAGUCUCUCCUGCGUGUCCUGGGUCGUCCCCGGGGUCUCCUCCCGGUGGGACGUGCCCAGAACACCUCACCAGGGAGGCAUCCGAAUCAGAUGCCCCAGCCACCUCAUCUGUCUCCUCUCGAUGUGGAGGAGCAGCGGUUCUACUCUGAGCCCCUCCCGGAUGACCAAACGUCUCACACUAUCUCUUAAGGGAGACCCCGGACACCCUCCGGAGGAAACUCGCGAUGUUGCAGAGGUGUGUCAACCAGGACAGCCCAACAUUAUCCAGAGCCUUUAGGAACUCCGGGCGAAUCACAUCCACCCCCGGGGCCUUGCCACGAGGAGCUUUUUAACCACCUCGUUGACCUCAACCCCAGAGAUAGGAGAGCCCGCCUCAGAGAACCCAGCCUCUGCUUCCUUAUGGGAAGGUGUGUCAUUGGGAUUGAGGAGGUCUUCGAAGUAUUCUCCCCACCGACUCACGACGUCCCGAGUUGAGGUCAGCAGCGCCCCACCCCCAUCAUACACAGUGUUGAUGGUGCACUGCUUCCCCCUCCUGAGACGCCGGAUGGUGGACCAGAAUUUCCUCGAAGCCAUCCGGAAGUCGUUCUCCAUGGCCUCACUGAACUCCUCCCAUGCCCGGGUUUUUGCAUCAGCGACCACCAAAGCUGCAUUCCACUUGGCCAGCCAGUAUCGAUCAGCUGCCUCAGGAGUCCCACAGGCCAAAAAGGCCCGAUAGGACUCCUUCAGCUUGACGGCAUCCACCAACGGGUUCGGGGAUGGCCGCCACAACAGGAACAGACUACCUUACGGCCACAGCUCCGGUCGGCCGCCUCGGCAAUAGAGGCGCGGAACAUGGUUCACUCGGACUCAAUGUCCCCCGUGGGUGAAGUUCUGCCGGAGGUGGGAGUUGAAACCCCUUCUGACAGGGGAUUCUGCCAGACGUUCCUAGCAGACCCUCACAAUACGUUUGGGCCUGCCACGUCGGACCGGCAUCUUCCCCCACCAUCAGAGCCAACUCACCACCAGGCGGUGAUCAGUCGACAGCUCCGCCCCUCUCUUCGCCCGAGUGUCCAAGACAUGUGGCCGCAAGUCCGAUGAUACGACCACAAAGUCGAUCAUCGAACUGCGACCUAUGGUGUCCUGGUGCCACGUGCACGUGUGGACACCCUUAUGGUUGAACAUGGUGUUCGUUCUGGACAAUCCGUGACGAGCGCAGAAGUCCAAUAACAGAACACCGCUCUGGUUCUGAUCGGGGGGUCCGUUCCUCCCAAUCACGCCCUUCCAGGUGUCACUGUCAUUGCCCACGUGAGCAUUGAAGUCCCCCAGCAGAACGAUGGAGUACACAGCAGGAGCGCUCUCCAGCACCCAUUCCAAGGACUCCAAAAAGGGUGGAUACUCUGAACGGCUGUUUGGUGCAUGUAGUUUACUAAAGGGCCUUUUCUCCCUCUUUUAGAUUUGAAAAGUUUCCACCGGUUCGGUACUUUUCAGGUUGUUACUCGCCGGCAAAAUCAACAAAGAGAAAUGUGAGACGAUAGUGUGUAUUUAACUGUAUCUUCAUUUUUUUGUCUGUUUUGAAAUGGUAAUAAGUUAACGCUAGCUAUGUUUUUUAACCAAUACCAUUUUGGCAAUGCGCGUAGCAUUGUAAAGUCCCAUAACACUUAAGGGAAAAUUUUCUGGCACCCAAAUGUAAGGAUUUGUUAAAAGUUUUGUUCAAUUACCUAGUUGCGACACAAUGCGUAACAUUUUGUUCAGAUCAUAGAAUUCUAUCGAAACACGAAAAGGAAGAUUUUUUUCUGAAUCGGCAUCGUGUAACACAGAAUGACCAUUUUGUCUGCGCAUUCGGCACCUUAGGUACGAUUCACUAGCUGUUUGGAUUAAUUUGCUAACGUUUUUGCACAAUGCGGAACAUUUUGUUCCGGUUGUAAAAUUCCAUCAUAACACGAAAGGGACGAUUUUUUUUCUGCAUCCUCCACCCCAACAAUUUGCUAACCAUUUUAUUAAAAUACCAACAUUCUCACAUUUGCCAUAGCAUUUUUUUAUGAUCAUAAAAUAUUAUUGUAAUAUGGAAGUGACAAUCCUGUUUGCAUCCGGAUUUGCUAACUGUUGAGUUAAGUUGCCAACAUUUCACCAUGAUGCAUAGAGUUUUAUUUAUCAUACAAUUCCAUCUUCCUGAAAGCAACAAUCUUGUCCACAACCGGCACCAUGACACAUGGAUUUGCAACUUUGCUACUGGCAUGCUUUGGGACCCUUUAAAUUGGUAACUCCCCAAAAAACAAACAAAAAAAAUCCUAACUGUACCGAACCACACCACUUUUUGAAUUCAUUGUUACGUGAUCCUUUUCACGAGUCGCGUUGGCUGAUUUCAUUGCAAUUGCAGGUUACUCAUGUAAAGAACAACUUAGGACAUUUUUGCAGCCUUUUAUGAUGGAAAUGGUGAGAAAACGCAUAUGGAAGUGACAGAACUGCGUCGUAGAAACCUUUUUUUGCGGGGGACCAUAAGCUCGCCUUUGAGCCCCAUGUGACCGGCACCCCAACGUAAUGGUUCUAAAAAAGGGGGACAAUUUGGUUAUGUUUGGGGCCCUUUACAAUGGAAAUGCUGAACUACUGCUUACUGUACUGAACCAAACUGCCUUUUAUGUCAGUCUUUAAGAAGUGAGCCAAUUCACUUUGCACCAGUACGGGUCGGAUCGGUUAUUCUGUUGCAAAAAGAACGUAUCGUGGUCGGGAUAUUUCUGGAAACGGCGAAAAAACAUGUACCGAACUGAACCGUUUGGAGGAAACUGAUUUUCAAGACUACCACUCUGACCUAGGGGUUUUAAAAGUGGGACAGUUUGGAUAUUUUGGGACCUUUUAAUUAUGGAAACACUGAAUAAUGCUGUACCGAAACAAACAACUUAGUGGAAACAACUUUUUCUGUGGUGGUUUAUUUGGAUCGAUUAAUUCCGAUGUUUGUAGCCUUUCGCAAGAGAAGUGGUGGAGGAAAAAAACGUGUACCGAAGUGGUGGAAGCAUACUUUAUUGAGACCUAACACACACACACACACACACACACACACUUAUGACCAAAGACAUCCCUGGCUUAGCUCCUCGUGCCACAAACCAAUACCGCCUACCGUAUUUGUUUUUCCCCUGCCUUGUGCCACCAUAUUCGCUGCUGUGCCUUCUUGACAUCAAGGCUAAAAAAGGAACACUUUGGUGUGGAAACCGGAUAAAUCUCAGUAUUAUGUAAGACAAAAGCAAUACAGAGUUGUGUGUAUAAAUGAAUGGUUGUUAUUACAGGGCCAUGUAUUUAUGUUCAGUUUUUUCCCCCCCCCUGGAAUUGUAAUUUUUGUUGUGAUGUUUGUUUAGUCCUGCUUGGGUCCAAGUCGAUUUCAGUAUGUUUUCAAAAAAGAUGUAGCGUUACGUGAUGCUAUCGUGGCAUGCUAACAUUGUCAAUCUGGAGGGCUUCGAUGGCCAGGCUGAUUAUCUUGAUGUGACGAAUGAGAUGAAUGAUGCCCUCUCCUCUUCCUCCUUCAGGGACCAGCAGUUGUGCCAUAAACCUACUCGGAGUCCCAACACUUUUCUGUUUGCGCACAUUUCUGUCACAGACGACGUCGUUGCACUCGCUUGAUGGUGGUUUUUGUUUUAAUUUUGGUUUUCCAAAUGACAAUCUCCCCCUUGUCAUGAGACGUGCAAAAAAAGAUGAUUUCCAAGUACUACUCACUUUUAGUUUUGAUAAUUCCCACUGCACACAUCUUUCUUACAGUGCUUUUGUAAACAUUUCUAGUGUAUUUGCAAGAAAAUAAAAGCUUGCCGUCAAGUGCAA